GCAAAACUGCCAUCCGCCUCGGCGCUGGGUCCUACAACGCUGUGGUGGCCACAGCUGCCAGGGCCCGAUGCUGGAGAGAAGCCGUGGCGCUAGCGUCUGAGCUGGUCGAGCAAGGCUUGAGGCCAAAUGUCGCCACCGUGGCCUCCACCCUGUGCCUCGCCACGCUUGUGCUCUGCGAUUUGCUUUGCAUGUCGACUUAG